CACUCUAUAUUCUUGUAUUCAAUGUUCAUUUUGAGAAAGAGGUUAAGAAACUCUUAAAACUCAACCUUUCGUAUCGAGGACGUAUUAACGGCCUGUACGUGUCACGCGGAGAAUCUGUAAUUUUUACAACAAUCAGUAAUAUAACAAGCGUUGCAUGCAAAGUUACUAAACAGAACUUAAAAUGUCCAUCCGACCGGUAUAUCGACCAAAAAUUGUGAAGAAAAGAACAAAGAAAUUUAUCAGACAUCAGAGUGAUCGAUAUGAUAAACUCAAGCGCAACUGGCGUAAACCAAAGGGUAUUGAUAACAGAGUUCGUAGACGAUUUAAGGGCCAGUAUUUGAUGCCUAACAUUGGUUAUGGUAGCAACAAGAAAACACGUCAUAUGCUACCAACUGGCUUCCGCAAAGUUCUUGUACAUAAUGUAAAGGAAUUGGAAGUUUUGAUGAUGCAGAAUCGCAAGUUUUGCGCGGAAAUCGCACAUGCUGUCAGCAGCAAGAAAAGGAAAGCUAUUGUAGAGCGUGCUCGACAGCUUUCAAUACGUGUGACGAAUGCCAGUGCGCGCUUACGUUCGGAAGAGAAUGAGUAAGCGUGCUUUCCUGUAUUUUGGCAAUAAAAUGUUAAAAACAUAUCCAUA